AUGAACCUGAUUAUCGAAGACUGGUGGGGUGAGGAGAGCAUCGGUUGGCGUGGGCCGUGGCGCGACCAUUACCUGCCCGAAGCAGAACGCAAAAAGACCAAGGCGGUCAUUAUUGCAAAUCCACAUUUCUACUCAGCCGCUUGGAGCAAAGUUAUCCUUCACGAAGGUCUCGUCGGCUGCCUUCAGGCGUUGAUUGGUCCGAGUGUGCAGUGGCAUCAUACCGUACUGCACGGGAAGUCACCGGAAUUGGGAACGCCUUUCCCGAUGCACCAAGACUACCCUUUCUACCCGCACGAUGGCCCCGACUUUGUGGAUUGCCUCGUCCACCUCGACGAUGCGCCCUUAGAGAGCGGUUGUCUGUGUGUUGUUCCCGGCAGCCAUACUGAUGGUCCCCUCGAACACAUCACCGGCGACCAUACCCGUCCGUAUCUACCGCCUGAGAAGUACCACCCGGACAAAGUCGAAACCGUGCCGGUUCCCGCCAAGGCAGGAGAUGUUAUCUUCUUCAGCUAUUGCACAAUUCACUGGUCCAAUGUCAAUCAGACAGAUCAAUGGCGAAAAUCAGUUCGGAUUGGCUACCACACACCGGAGAUGCGACCCAUCGGGAUGGAUGCCAAGGAGCCUAACAACAAAAAUCAUUGUCAGCGGCUUAAAGAAGCGGCGUGA